AUGAGUAAAAUGUCGCAAGAGGACGUUGCGACGUUUCUGCCAACUGUUCAACAAGGUUCAGAGGCGCUUCGUGAUGAACACGGCACUGUGUGUACCACACAUGAAAGCAGCUUGAAAGGAAUAAGCGAAGAUGAAGCGUCGAUGCCUCGCGAAAAGCAUCAUCAGAUCUCCAAUAUUGUUACGAGUAUCUCAAAUGGGCUAGAAGAAGUUACAAUGAUGAAGUCGAUCAUGUCUCAUUUGUACAACCUCGAAGCUGAGAAGCAGAAAUAUCAGGCACAGCGACGCCGUCUAUGUCAGGAGAACGCAUGGCUGCGUGAUGAGCUGAGUUCAACUCAAAUCAAACUUCAAACUUCUGAGCAGCGUGUUGCUACUUUGGAGGAAGAGAACAAACAUCUCAAAUGUAUGAAUUCUAUCAAGCAGUUUCAUCUAAAAAAAAUGUUGACUGAUCCGUGA